UAUUGAACGUGGUAUAGUAUUUCACCCGCCAUAGUCAAUUAUAGGGUCGUGUAGUGCGCGCAAGCAUGAUUAUUUAACGUCGACUAGCAACUAGUCGAAGACUUAAGCUCAGACCACGACGUCAAUUAAAAUUAUCAUAAGACAUAUCCGGGGGGGUGAAUCCAGUGGCGUCCGCACACGGCAUGCAACAGUUUGACGUUAAAUGUUCAUGAAUAAUAACUAGUUAAUUAGUGGCAUGUUGUGUAAUGUGAUUGUAAGUGGUUUACUGGUCUCCGGGGUGGCAUGUGUGUGAUGACUGACGCGAUGAAGAGCCACUAGCCAUGGAGGUGUUUUGGGGCGUCCUUUUGGGGCUGGCAGCCCUCUACUUUUCAGAUUGUGGCGGACACGACGCCGACGACCCCAACAAAAUACAGUUCGAGGCCGCUUUCCAAGGACGCUGUAACCGCGGAAGUCCUUGUGAACAGCUGUGCUACGACCUGCAUGAUGGCAUGUACGAGUGCGAUUGCAAAUCCGGCUUUAUACUCCGGGCAGACGGCUACAGUUGCUAUGAGAUAAACUCAACGGCCUCUCCGGCAACUUCCGACGACUUGAAAUCUCCCAUUCAAGAAGAAGAGGACGUGCUGUACCAGAAAGACGCCGUCUUUGACGCUCUGGAACUAAUUUCGAAUGUUUCAACCGAAACGAGUAACUUAACGAGCCCAUCAAGCACCACACAGGGUCCUAGCUUAGAGCAAAAGCUGACGGAAAUAUCGGGGGUUCCCAGAGCCACUCUACCGAUUUCAACUGAGCGACCGUGUCCUCUGGACUGCGGGCCUGGGGGCGGUUGUGUAGUUAGAAAUUCAAAUGAGGAACCUGCAUGCUUGUGUCCGUUAGGCAGGGGCGGCGACCGAUGUGAACAGGAAAUGGAGAUCCGGUCGCCGCGGUUCACAGGAUCGAGUUGGCUUGCGUUUCCGGCUCUUCGUGGCGCCUACAAGCACGUCCAGGUCAGCCUUGAACUUCGUCCGGAGGCCUACGAUGGAAUAUUCUUCUUGACCGGAGAAAGGGACGACAUGGCUGGCGAUUUUAUGGCCCUUUUACUGCAUCAAGGAUUUGUGGAGUUUAGAUUUGACUGCGGUUCCGGAGUCGGAGUUGUGCGAUCCGAAGAGACAGUGCUGUUGAAUCAAUGGAACCAUAUCACGUUAUACAGGCACAGGUGGGAUGCGUGGCUGCAAUUGAACGGUGGGAAACACGUUCAAGGACGUUCAAAAGGGCUGUUCUCAAGAAUCACCUUCAGAGAACCCUUGUUUAUUGGAGGUGGAGGCAACACCACCGGUUUGUCUGAAAAGCUACCGGUUGCAGUUGGGUUGAAGGGGUGCAUCCGGCACUUAGAAGUUAAUGACCAUGUCUAUAAAUUUGCCCUCGAACCACAUGGGGAAGCUUCCAAAGGAUAUGGCAUCGAAGAGUGCACAGCCGACCGUUGUAGCAGAGUGCCAUGUCAACACGGUGGCAAAUGUUUGACCAGCGAAGAUUCAGCUGUUUGUUUAUGUCCUUUGGGAUUUUCCGGAGACUUGUGUGAAAUUCGCGUCGACCUACAAGUCCCAUCGUUUAAUGGAUCCAGUCAUUUGAGGUAUAGAGGAUUGGGAGAAGAAGCUUUAACAUGGCUAGAUUUCGAGAUUACAUUAAAACCUACAUCGCCAAAUGGAUUAAUAUUGUACAACGGACAUCGAGGAGACGGUUUUGGCGACUUCAUGGCCCUUUACUUACGUGAUGGGUAUAUGGAAUUCGCCUAUGAUUUAGGAACUGGAGCCGGAUUUGUCACGAGUCAACACAGAAUCAGCUUGGGAGAAUGGCAUAGAGUUCGUGUAUCCAGAACUGGUCGUUUAGCCAUCCUGUCCGUCGACAACCAGUUGCCCUCUGAAAUCCUGUCCCCCGGCGCUUUCACCCAACUUUCCCUCCCGCUCAAUCUCUACCUCGGAGGCGUGCCAAACUUCGGCAUAGUUUCCCCCCAAGUCCGCGUCCGAGCUGCUUUCAUCGGCUGUGUACAAAUGGUCAGGAUCAACGGCAGGACCGUCCCCAUCUUGGCGGAAGCCCUCGGCGGCGCCAACGUCGAUAACUGCCCUCAUCCGUGCAUCGCCCGGCCCUGUGGGGAGGACGGCGAAUGCGUUCCCGAACUCGAUUACUUCACUUGCAGAUGCAAGCCGGGGUACAGAGACCAGCUGUGCGCACGAGGACCUCCCGCCUUCCGCGGCACCGACAGCUAUCUCCACUAUAACGAACCUUUCACUCUGGAAGCACUGAGUUCUGAUCCAUUGGAUGUUAAUGUUCGCUUUAAAGUGUCAUCGGAAAGUGGAUUAUUGCUUUGGAUGAAUUCGGUUUAUGGCGGAUUCCUAUCGCUGGGACUGGAGGAAGGCGCGCUAGUGUUGAGGUUUACAGUUAGGGGAGAAGAAGUAGUCGUCGUGCACAAUUCUACUACCGUCCAUGAUAAUCUCUGGCACAGGGUCAAAGCAGUCAGAGAUCGAUCGUCCGCUGUCUUAAUAGUUGACAACGGGCCCGCUCUUACCCGUCAGUCCGUCGAAAUUCCCCCCAUGAGCGUAUCUUUGGGGGAGAACGAGGGCCUUUACGUAGGAGGAAUGCCAAACGCCUCCCUUCUGUCUUUUACAAGGUACAAACAUGGAAUCAAAGGCUGCGUUGCAGAUUUAGUCCUGAACACAGACUAUCGACUGCAAGUAAUUAAUCAUUCAGAAGUGGGACACAACGUGGGAGAGUGUGAGGUUUAAAGUCAAUAAAUGAAGUGGAAGCAGGCCUAAAAACAAUAUCUGCUUCAGCAGACACUGUGUACUAAUUAAUGUGUGAUUUCUGAAAUUAACAUAAGGCUGACUACUUCGAGCUAUUAAGGGAACAAUGCCAAGAAACAAACGACGCGAAUCUGUCCGAAGAAAAGGCCUAAUUUGGGUGUUUUUUGUGAUUCGUGUCGACGUCUCUUUAAACAAAGCCCCUAUUAAUAAUAGUUGUGUGUAAUAUCUGCAUCUGGGCCUCUAACACGGCUCCGGCAGGUCUCUAAGGAUUUGUGUUAGGAUUGUAGAUAGUCUUGAUUAAGAAUAAGGAUGAGCUUUUUGUAUCUUUUUCAUUUCGUUUUUGGAUCUGCGCGUGGGAAAGAGUUAACGAGACAUUAGGGAACGUUUCCACUUUCAAAAUGAACAGAAAUUGGACGUAGUGUAAACGUGCCUUUACACACAAUCGCACUGUCUUCAUAUCAUUUUAGAUGUAGGUUUCAACACUAGACGAGCAAUCAAUAUACAGUGUGGUCGUUACACUUUUUCCCCUGCCUCUUUUACAUUUGCAAUAAAGUAGAUACUAAUCGGUCCAGUGUAAAAUUCACAUUGUUAAAUAAGUAUGUAUAUGAAAACCUAAUUUGUACAGGUAGACUUAAUUGUGUGUUAAUAAUAAAGCGCUUUUGACUUAAUCUA